AUGAUUAUUUUUAGUAUUGUCAUUACUAUUACUCUUAUCGCUAUUGCUAUUAUUAUUGGUAUUAGUAGUACUACUCUUAGGAUUAUUCCCAUUUCUACUAUUAUUACUAGUAUUAAACCUACUAUUACUACUAUUACUAUUAAGGUCUGGUCUGAAGAUGGCGUCCGGCGCUCCUCCCGGUUCGAGGAUGCGGAUGAGUUCGUGUGCCUCACGAGCCACCUCACGAUUUUCGGAGCGGUGCUGGAGGCUGUUUUGCAGGUGCUGCAGUGCUCUACAGCCUCGGAAGUGUUGUCAGUUGAUGGCCUCCAGAAUCUCGGCAAUGCCCAGUGGCUGCACUACGCGGCAAGCAUCGUCACCUUUGUCUCCCUCAGCUUCUUUGCCGGUGCCAUGAUCUGGGCGAUGCGUCGUGACUGCAGGACAGCUGAAGACCUGCCCUUUGAGGAGGUGGCGGAGGCGCUGCUGGUGAGCCGCCGCGAGGUAGAAAGUUCCGGAUUGGAGCCUCACGUCGAAGAAGUGGAAGGCCUGGAGCCCGACGCUCAGGCAGCUGCAAACCGCCGCUGCUGCCCGCGGUGCCGGGCUUGUGCCAUGAAAGGUUUGGAUGGUGCGGUGUGGCUGCUGAGCACCAUGUUCGAAGUGCAGGCAACUGAUUCCGUCUCGGAGUUGUUGGAUGUUAAGAUGGCCAUGGUGAACCGUUGCAUCACUUCGAUCCAUUCUUACCGCACUGGCGCCUGCCGGCAGAGCAUCCGAACUGUAAUGGCGUCCAGUGGAGAGAAGAAGCUUCGGCGACCCAGCACCAGAGGAGGCGACGUGACACACACCAGGACGACUUCCUCUGUGGUUAGCGCCAUGGAGACCUGGAAAGUUCACUACCACGGCGUAACGGCUGUGGAGAGGUUCCUGCAUGGCUCGUGGCUCAGGCGCGUGAUCAUACUUCUUCCUUGCAUGCAUCCCUGGCUGACUGCGUCGCUGAGGAGCCUCUUCAGGUCGCACACUGUGAGAGUUGCGCUGAUUGUGCUGAAGCUGGUGAGCGCUGCGUUCACCAAUGCCUUGUUCUUCGCUAGCACUGCGCAAUCGCCAGACUCCGAUGAAGAAUGCGCGGCAGCAGAAACCCUAGAGGAGCACUUGCUGACUGCAACAAUUGUCGGUUUCCUCUCUGCCUGCGCGGGGGAUGUGCUGAUCGUACUGCUGGCUUUGAUCCAGCGACGGAGCGUGCUCGUCCGAGACGUCUGGACACCGAAGAUGAAGUCCAGGCAGUUAGUCCGGUGGCGCUGGCGGCAAAGAUUCUUCUGGUUCAUAUGGCUUGCCAUUGCUGGCUUUUCCGCUUUCUACACCCUCACCUUUCUCGCCAACGUAAGCGCAGCAGAUGCCGCCAAGUGGCUUGAGAGCACCGGCAUGAGUGCCUUGCAAGAUUUGGUAUUCAAGCCGGUGCUCCUUGCUGUGGGCUAUGCUACGCUGUCAACUCUGGUGCUCUUGUGCAACCCGCGUGUCAAAGACACCGUGACAGAUCGAUGGAUACACCCAGACGAA